AUGACCGAUCAAGACAAUUCUUACCGACCCCAAUCUCCCGAUUUUUCCACCUUGCAAUCCCCUCUCUCUCCUGCCGUCACUCACCCUGUCUAUCCGUUGUCCAGCCCGUUGGCUCAUCGCGCCUCCUACGACGCCUCGCCCUUCUUCACCCCGCAAUAUCAGCCUGCUCACGCCCCGCUCGCCGCGAACCAUCAGCAGUACAUCCCCCCGUUUACCCAUCCCCAUCUAGAUCCGACCGACAUGGCUCGUCGGUCCUCUCGCAUCGCGCGCGCCGCCGAGGUCGCGCCCGGCCCCGAUCCCCGGUACGUCGAGCCGCUGUCCGAGGAGGAAGCUCCUCAACCGCCGUCCCCCGUCGAAUCUGUCGAACCCAUCGAACCCGACGUGCCCGACGUCCCAGAAGAGCCUGAAGCCCCCGUCGAACCGGUGGCUCCGAUCACCAAUGUGGAAGUGAAGACAAAGUUCCCCGUCGCGCGUAUUAAGCGCAUUAUGCAGGCGGACGAGGACGUCGGGAAGGUGGCCCAAGUGACGCCAAUUGCCGUGUCGAAAGCCCUCGAACUCUUCAUGAUCUCCCUCGUCACAAAAGCCGCCAAGGAAGCCAAGGAUCGCAAUUCGAAACGCGUCACCGCGUCGCAUCUCAAACAAGCCGUGGCCAAGGACGAAGUGCUCGAUUUCCUGGCCGACAUCAUCGCCAAGGUGCCGGAUCAACCCACGGGGCGGAAGCACGAGGACGACGGCAGCGAUCAGAACGAGCAACCCAAACGAAAGCGCGGCGGGCGCAAGCCGAAGGACGACAGCGAUUAG